AUGUAAAAACUGUUUUGGUACUAAGGUAUAUUUUGUCCAUGCCAGCAAACACUCAAGAUGAUGUAAUCACUUUAUUGAAGACCAUUAGAGAACAGAACAAUCAAAUUUUGCAGUGGAUCCGAAAACAAGAUCGCAGUGGCAAUCACGCCAGUAAUACAGAUUUACCAGAUGAUAUAGGCGUACAGUUUCCUUUGAAUUCUCAAGAGGAUAUUACCAAAUUGGAAACAUACCUGAGUGAAAAAAAUAAUUGCCUGGCUUUGUCGGCAUAUCUAUCGACUUUUGGAGGGAGAGAUUUUACUGGACAUACAAACCGCAUUUUAAAUUUUUUGUUCACUUAUUCUCUUGCAACUAAUUGGAAUUUUGGUGGCAAACGAGGUGAGAAAACGGCUUUUAAAAACUUAAACGUAAAGGAUGUGAUUAUUGGUGCUGUAAGAAAAAGCUCCCCUCUAGUCAGUCAGAAAGAAAUAGAAGAUACCAUCAAGAUGUGGUUGAAACAUGCACCAGAGAAAUUGAAAAAGCAGCAGCAUGGCAACCCGUAAGAAAAAAAGUGUUGUUAGUCAAAGACAACUCUACAGAAGGGUGGCAGAAGCAAAUUUAGCACCUGUGAGUCAGAAUUGUUAUAAUACAUCUUUAAUAGUUAAUAAUGAUUCCAAUGAAUCAUCAAAUUCCGUUUUUUUUUGCUGAUUCAAUGUGUGAAAGUGAAAAUGACACCUGUUCCUCAAGAGAUUUAGAUUUUAAUGUAAACUCGCCUAAUGAAAAUUUGCUCUUCAAUGAUGCGACGUUAUACAACCAUUUGAC